AUGGCGCGCACACUUAAAGUGCCCGUCAAAGGCGAGCCGCCUGUUCCCCAGAUUCACAUUACCGAUGCCGGCGAAACCGACUCUCAUGAACCCCAGCUGGGACACGACAUACAACCCCCAUCUACCAAGAUACACAGAGGUUCCGCUCACAUCUCCGGAGUUGACGACUUCGCUGUGACUCUUUUCUUCUGGUCCUUGUUUGCCUCUGCGACUGCUCUGAUUGCCUUCUUCGUCCUGUCUUGGUCCUGGAUCACUGCUCUUUUGGCCGUUCUGGUUGGGUUUGUCGUCUUCCGCCAUGUCACCUUAAAGUGGGAGCAGCCCAAGAUAGGGAAUCACUGGGUUAGUCGUGGUCGUAGCGACAAACCCCAAGGCGGCCCAGCUGUUCCAGACACUAGCCAUCUACCGGCCGUGUAUUUCCUCUACGUGCUCGGCUCUGGAGGGCACACGACUGAAAUGCUCGAGAUUAUUCGGCAGCAAACCCGGGGGCAGGUCAACCAGCACCGGCGCUACGUCAUCAGCUCGGGCGACAGGAGCUCGCAGGACCGGGUCCAGCAGCUAGAGGCGCAGAUCAGCGAGGCAUUCCCGGACGAGCGCGCGGGGACGCGAGACGCCUUCCUCAUUCGGCGGGCGCGCGAGGUGCACCAGUCGGCGCUGACGGCCCCGCUGACGUGCCUCGUGAGCGCGGGGCACGCCAUCAACGCGCUGACGCGGGAGCCGAGAGCCCGGGCCGCCACCCGGUACGGGUACCAGUUCAAGUACCCGCACGUGGUGGUGACCAACGGCCCGGCCACGGGCUUCAUCGUGUGCGUCGUGGCGCGCCUGCUCAAGAUCUUCUACCUGGUGCCACAGAACCGGCUCAAGAUGAUCUACAUCGAGUCCUGGGCCCGCAUCAAGACCAUGAGCCUCACAGGCCGCCUGUUCCUCCUGACCGGCAUCGCCGACUCGGUGGGCGUCCAGCACCAGGCGCUAGCCCGCCUCACGGGGGCCGAGUACGUCGGCCCAAUCGCCGCCGGGUAG